GGCGGGGACGUCAGUGUCGGCAGUGCUGGCGGCCAGUCCACCUGCAGCGGGACUUCGGCAAAGCCCCAGUGCGACGUCGCCAAGUAUCGACCCUCAGCAGCAGGAGCCCGCAGAGGCAAGCGUCGACAGCGGAGCCACAGGCGCUUCACCUUCCACAGCGUCAAUGCCAGCCUCAGCUGGGGCAACGUUGUGGGCUACCUCCACGGCGCGGCACACCAGCAGCUCACCGAGGGCAAGAUUCCGAUCAUCGGUUUCCAGGAGCACGGCAAGCGGCGUUUAUGGGCCGAAGAGAGCGCACGGGCCCUGCUGCCCUUGGGCUGGAGGGCCCUGCCCACGCCAGCGACGGACGGCCCGAAUGGAGGGGCCUCGGCGGGCGUCUUGCUGGCGAUACCUGCCUGCGUCGGCGUCACUCUUGCAUCUGGACAGCGACACUGGGACAUAUCUCCCCCAGGUUGUGCAGGCAGGCUCCUGAUGGCCACCCUCGAGGCCAAGGGCAUCGGCAAGUUACUGGUUUUCUGUGCGUAUUGCUUCACUGGUCAGAAGUUGGCGUCUGUGGGCAAUUCAGCUCUCCUGUCAGUUAUCACGGGGUGGGCAGUCCAGCUCCAGCUGCCCUGGAUCGUCAUCGCGGACUGGGAGAAUCUACCUGACGCUUUGGAGCGUUCGCCGUGGAACAACCAGCUCAGAGGCCGCGUCGUAGCGUGGCAAGGGGAAGGGGGCACCAACCGCUCCCCGCACGGUGAGCGCGUGAUCGAUUAUUUCUGGAUGCACUCCAGUUUGGCUGCCAAUAUUUCCCCAGCCCGCAUUGACGACGACGCGGUCUACCACCCUCAUAGAGCCACAUGGGUCGAGUUUCAGCAGCCUUGGUCGGCCUUUACCUACACCAAGCUCAUCCGACCCCACAAGUUCCCGAUCCCAGGAGUCAAGCCGAGGCACUUCGAUCUCUCGUGCCCAGACGUGCCUGCAGGUUUCGACCCCGAUGCGGUGCCUACCCAGGAGCUCCUGGACGACACCUGGGAGGCUUUCUGCCACGCCGCCGAGGAGGAGCUGAUCCAGAAGGUGGGUUUGGACCCCAGCAGUCGGCAAGCCGAUCAAUGCCGAGGGCGUGGGGGACCACCGCGCUUCAGGAAGUGCCCGUUGCUCCCGACCCACACCGAGGCCAUCGCUUCGUACGGGGAGGCCAAGCGUUGGAGGUGGUUUGCCAACGAGUUGGCUUGGCUGGGCAUCAUUGAAGCAAAGCUUUUCAGCUACACGGGCGCCUCCGACCUGGUCCUCACCACGUUGCACCAGCAGCGGCACGCCUCCAUCCGCAAGUUGCGUGACCGCUUCAGGCACCCCAUGCUGUUAGAAGGCGUGGCUGAGCUGCAGGAGUUCUUCGAGGUUUUCACGUCCCGGGACCGCGGCUAUGAAGACUUGCAGGAGCUCUCGGCUUGGCGCCUCAGCUGCAGUCAGUAUGCCUCUUACUUGGAGUGGCAGAUCGGCAAGGAACGACGAGAUUCCUUCAAGCAGCGGUUGGAGGACGACUUCCCAGGCUCGCAGGGGCUCCUCCACAGGGUCACCAAGUGGCGCCAGGCUUGGCAGGCUCCCAAGGGCAGCAUCUCCAAGAAGCUGCCCCCAGCGGCGCCUCAGGCCGCCGUGGACCAGGAGUUGCACGACUGGUCGAAGGUCUGGACCACUGGCUCAGGUUUCCCCAAGCCGUGGAGGGGCCUCCAGCAAGUCGCCGUCACGCCGCCCAGCCCUCACCACCUGCGCGGUUUGGCCCAGCGUUUCAGGGCCAAGACGGGGAUUGGCGUGGACGGAUGGCAACCCAAGCUUUGGGCCUACCUCACGGACGGCACGCUCUCGGCGCUCGCGUCAUUGCUGGCCUGGUGCCAACAACUGGGGCGGUGGCCGUCCCAGGUCCACCUCCUGCUCGUUUUCAUCAUCGGGAAGCUCGAUGGAGGGGGCCGACCCAUCAUUCUUCUACCUGGCCCUUGCCGAAUCUGGGAGGCGUGGCAGCUGCCCACCAUCAGGAGCUGGUUGGCGGCGCACCCCAGGAGCUACGACUACACGGCGGCGGGCCAAUCAUCGGAGCGUGCGCUGUGGAAAGCUUUGUUGGACGACGAGCUCGUGUUGGGCACAGGCAUACGUGCGGCCACGAUGCUGGCGGACCUCGCCAAGUGUUAUGAGAAGGUUCCGCAUGAGCGUAUGUGGUGGCUAGCAGCUUGGUGGGACGGCCCGCUGGAGGUGGUCGCGCUCGCCCUGGAAAGUUUCGCCUUUGGCCGUGUCAUUCGUCUCGGGGGGGCCUGCUCGGCGGAGGUCCUGUCCUCCACAGCGCUCCCAGCGGGCAGCCGUUUCGCGCCCACCUUCCUGAGGUUCUACCUCACGCUGUGCUUAGACGACCUGCUGGGGGUUUUCCGCCUCACGAUCUACUUGCACGUUGAUGACAUCGCCCUGCGGGUCAUGUCCACCGAGGCGCGCGUCUUGCACAUGCUGCCGCAGGCCACGCGCUUGCUGUUUUGGAUGCUGGAGUCCUUCUUGGGCCUGGAGGUAGCCCGAGCGCGGGACGGGGCGAGAGGCAAGUGCUCUUUCCUGCAAACGGCCACUCCGUCUUCAGGCUUGACGCAGGCCAUGGCCGUCCUGGGAGUACCGCCCAGCACCUCCGAGCGGUGGCUCGGCAUCGACUACGGUCCCAGCGUCAAGACAGAGAACCAGUCAGCCCCAGUCAGACACGCGCGGCUCAAGAUAGCCAAGCAGCGUUGGCCUAAGAUCCGCGGCCUUCCUCGUGCACGCGGGGGCAAGCUCAAGAUGGUCGUGCGGCAGGGCCUCGGAGCCUCGGUCGCCUACGGCGCCCGUGUCCGCGGCACGCCCAGGCCCAUCGUGCGUUUCAUCCAGCAGAAGGAUCGGGCCGUCCGCAGGGGCGCCACAGCUUUUACCUCCCGAGUCUUGCACGACGGCCUCGACCCCAGUUGCGCCGACACCCUCGUUCUGGCACCGCUGCUGGCUUGGGCGAGGGAAGCUUGGGACCACCCAGAGGGGCGGCGUGCGCAGGCCACAGCAUGGGCCCGAGUGCAGCAACAGCUCGCGCUGUACAUGGACGCCGACGCUCAGGAGUUGUGGUCAGUGGUGCGCGGCCCAGCGGGGGCCACCUCAGUCACAGUUCGAGCCCAUGGUUGGAGCACGCCGUCAGCCUUCGAGAUUGUCUUGCCCCCACGUGGCGGGGUGCUCCAAGGAGGGGACGUCCAUCUUAAUCUACUGCAGAUUUGCCCCAAGUCGGUCGAGGCCGCCGUGCUUUUGGCCGCCCGUUCCAGAGCCCUGUGCCAGUGGUGGGCGGCGGCUCAGCCCGAGCGGGCUGCGCUCCUGCCAGCGCCGUGGCUCACCCCAGCGAGGCAGUUGGUCAAGCGGCGCAAGCAGGACGGGCGGCUGCAACACCAUGCCGACGCGGUCAAGAAGGUGGUGUUGGGCGGUUUCCCUUCGCAGGAGGCCCUUUUCUCUUCGGGCCAGGCGGACACUCCGCAUUGCCAGCUUUGCGACGACACGACCUGUUUCGGCACCCACCAGCACUAUUACUGGCGGUGCGGCAGCCCGACGUGUGCUACGGUGAGGGAGCAGCUGACGGCCCACGACGCGUCACCUACCUUCAGAGACGUCGGCCACCUGGGCGUGUCGGCCUCCUCGUCGGAAGCCUCAAGAUGGUUGUGGGAGCGGGGUUUGCGGCGAACCCCAUGUUACGGCUUGGCUUGGAGUCUACCGUCGCAGCGCACCCAUUGGAUCGUCAAUGGCGCGGCCCCCGAGCUCACCGAUGUACUGGUUUCGGACGGAUCAGUCAAAGGCUUGGAUGACCUCAGGCACGGCGGCUGGGCGGCUUUGCAGUGCACAGCGGAGGCCGACGACGUGGUGCAGGGCCUGUACGGCCCACUGCCCUUUCCCGACCCCAGCUCGGUCCUGGCAGAGUUGUGGGGUCUCCUCCACGCCCUCAGGCAUUCGGUCCUCAUCACGGCCAUCAUCAUUGACAAUGCUCAGGUGGUCCAAGGCUUGGCUCGUGGCAGGGCAUGGUGUUGUUCAGCGGCCAGGCCCUAUGCGCACGUCUGGCUCGAGAUCUGGGAUCGCCUGGAUGACAUGGACAUCCUUCCUGGCAGAGAGUUGUCGGUCAUCAAAGUCGCCUCGCACAUAUCGCAGGCCAAACGCCUAGAGCUGCCAGAGGAGGUCCAGAUUCACAUGAGGCGCAAUGACUUAGCCGACGAAUGGGCCAAGCAAGGAGCAGACCUCAGCGCGCCGCCAGAGUGGGCCACGUUGCAGGUCAAGCAGGAGCUCAAGGCCACCAAGCGCGUGCUCGAGUACAUCGGGCACUUCAGGGUCCUCCUCGACGGGGUCAAGCUGGCGGAGCCUAGGCACCCGCACGUUCUGGAAGUGUGCCGCGGUUAUUCCAAGUGCACCAACUGCGGCAAGGCGCCGCCGCUCGGCCUGUGCGACAGCGAGCAGACCAUGGAGAUCAGGGCUCAGUUCGCCAGGGUACGGCCUGACUCGGGUUUGACAGCCAGGCAGCGCCGUCGGCUGCUUCGGCACCACUUCGAUGUGUUGAACCAGGUCAGGGAGCGUUUCAGGGAUCUUCUUGGAGAUCGUGCCCCGCCUGAGACGGCCUCCUGGCACCAGUGGGUCUUCGAGCCCCUCUCCUCGGAUGACGACCAAGGAGGUGAUGCGGCAGGCCGCGCCGCCGAGGACGCCCAUGGCUACGACGAUACCGACGAGUUCGCGGCCCUCAGCGUGCACAGCGACCUCGAGGUGGUGGAGGCAGACGGCAAGGCCACGCAGGCCACAGGCACCCAGGCGUCAGAGCGCGAGUCGUCGCCCAAUCCCGACCUCGCCCCCAGGGCACUCCAGCCACAGGAGGAGGGAGCUCCAGCGGGAGGGGCGAGGCGGGAGGGUGUUUUGCGGAUCCGCAGUGCGGCAGCCACCUGUUCCCAGGACGUGGACGACGGUGCUACGGCUGGCGCUGGGGCAGCUCCUGUUCCCACGGUGCCGCCUGCUGCUCAACCCGCUGGCGAGCCUGGAGCUGAUCAGGGCGAGUUGGCCAGCUCCCUGGACGUGGACGGCAAGGCUGCCACCCAGGCAGCGGCCGCUGUGUGCUCCGCCCCCUUGGCGGCACACCAAGCUCGUGCUGGCCAGGGCAGCCUGAAACACGGUGGUAAGGCCCCAAGGACUGGUUCCUCAGCAUCCUCGGCGGCGGCGGCGGGCUCUGGCCAGGGCGGCCUGGCACCGCUGGCGGGGUCCCCGCCGCCCUCGGCUGGGGCUGCGGCGGCCUCGGAGCCAGAGCGGGGUGCGCGCGGGCGGGCGGCCUCUGCCCAGCCCGCCAGGAGUGGCCAGGCGCUGCCUGCGACGGCCAGAGCCGCUUCAUCGGAGCCUCGGCCACAUACGGUCGAGAUCAUUGGCAACUUCGUGGUCUGCGUCGUGUGCGGUUCCUACUACAGCUCGGUGGCCAGGAACCUCGGCGGGCCGUGCAGGCGGCUGGACCCGCGCGACCCAGGCGACAAGGAGCGCCUCAGGCGCAUUCGCCGCAUCCAGCGCGGCCAG